AUGUCAGUGACAGAAUACGAGUGGGAAUUUGUUCGAUUAAGUAAGUAUGCUCGAGAGCGUGUGCCCACUGAGGCCAAGAUGUGCCACAAGUUUGAAGAUGGACUCAAUGAGGACAUGAAGGUAUUAGCAGGCAUCCUUGAACUUAAAGAAUUUGUUGUACUAGUCGAACGGGCAUGCAGGGCUGAAGAACUAAUGAAAGAAAAGAAGAAAGCCGAGUCAGAGGCUAGAGAUGUUAGAAAGAGAAUAAUGAGUAGAUCGGCUCCGACACAAUCCAAGAAAUCAAGAGGUGUACCUCCUCGUUCUUAUGCAUCGAUAGGAUGUUCCCAUAGAAACCGUAAGAAGCAAGGCUCAAGUUUUAGGACUCAAGCUACUUCUAUGGCUAGUGUAGAUGGUGCUAAGCCUCGUCAAUUUGAAUGCCAACACUGCGGGAAACGUCACCCGAGUCCCUGUAGGAGAAAUAAGGAGACGUGUUUUAGAUGUGGUUCUCUGGAUCAUUUUGUUAGGGAUUGCCCUGAGCUGGGCGAGAAACUUCGAACUGGGAGGCAGAGUGGUUCGGCUCUUAGAGGGAGGCCCUUGAAGAAUACCGGUAGUAGAGCUGGCAACAAGAAUACGACUCGAGAGAUUGUUGUGCGAUCUGAGGCUAGGACCCCGGUUAGAGCCUAUGCCAUACGUGCUCGAGAGGAAGCAUCUUCGCCAAAUGUGAUCACCGGUACAUUUUCUUUCUAUGACCAAGAUGUUAUUGCUUUAAUAGAUCCAGGCUCUACCCAUUCAUAUAUAUGCAUGACAUUGGCAUCUAGCAUGAAUUUACUUGUGGAUUCUACAGAAUUUGUGAUUAGAGUAUCAAAUCCGUUAGGCAAGUAUGUCUUAGUAAAUAAGAUAUACAAGAAAUGUGCUUUGAUGAUUAGAGUGGACUGUAGACGAAAAGUUAUUGAAUUAAGACAUGGAAGCAGUAAGAUCCUUCGGGUAGAGUCCAAUGAGUCUAGUGGGUCACCGAUUGAAUCUGAGUUGAAGGUUGAAUCAAUACCUAUAGUACAUGAUUUCGCAGACGUGUUUCUGGAGGAAUUGCCAUGUUUGCCCCCAGUUGGAGAGGUUGAAUUCGGCAUUGAGUUGAUGCUAGAGACUGCACCUAUUUCGAUUUCUCCAUAUCGAAUGCCUCCAACGGAACUGAAAGAGUUAAAGUCACAACUACAAGAACUAGUUGACAAGGGAUUUGUAAGACCAAGCUUUCCACUAUGGGGUGCUGCCAUGUUGUUUGUGAAGAAGAAUGAUGGUUCCAUGAGAUUAUCGAUUACCGACAAUUAA